AUGGAGGAGGUCUCCAAGAUCAGAUCCAAUGCCUCGAGGGCUUCCUCGCAACGUGAAGCCGAGUUGGGGACAGACUCACGGACGUCCGCAGAUUCGAGAGGAUCGGGAAGCAGUGUUAGCAGCGAGAUCAUGCCCGCGAUUCCGACUGCUGGGAGCGGGGCUCCGUAUCUGCGCUCUCGACUGAAGGGCUUGAACGUGGAGGAAGCACGGGCCAUUCGACGGCGCUUGCGUGUGCGUUUGGGGGCCAUUACUUCAACAAAGCUGGUGUCCGGCAAGUCGCUCCAUGACGCAGUCUCCGCUCUGGGUUUGACGAGAUAUGGACUCAGCGAAAUCAACGACAUCGUGAACUGCCUUGGGGAUUUCAUUGGCCUCCACUUUUCAGCACCGGACCACAAGGGGCGGCCGAGUCAGACUUCAGUGACGGCGGCGCACAUCUUCAGCUUUCAUGACGACGAUGCCCAGAACCUCGGAACUCCUGAGUGGGAGUGGCCCCCAUACCGGGAGUCGUAUUCCACUUCAUCGAUUCACAAGAGUGCAUCUUUGCAGUGGCACGGCCUCGACAAGCCGCGGCAGCAGAAGUAUAACGCGGUGCCUGCCCAGGCGCUCAUGGAGCUCUGCUUGGCUGAGGAGACUGAUAUUCAAUACAAGAUCUUCGGAUCUUAUCUGAAGCCGUUUCAAGCUAUUCGGGAGAUCUUGCUUGCCGGGGAUACCAAUCGUCUUGUUGCGGAAUUGACGUUUGUCCGAAUCAACGACCUGGCCGUGCCACCUGAGCCUCUGCACCCGCUUCUCCUGCUCGAGCCUUUCGUCGCCGUGCUGAUCGUCGCGAAUGGCGUGAUGAUCGGUUUCCAGACAGACCCCGCGUAUCAGGACUGGCAGGGUUGGGCCUAUUUCGAAGCGGCAUUCGCUUCCUUUCUGUUGCUGGAGAUUGCGUUCCGAAUGCAUCUACUGAAAUGCCGGAACUUUUGGUGCGGCAUAGAGCGAUACUGGAAUUUCUUUGACCUUUUUCUUGGAGCGACCGGAGUCACAGACGUGGUGGUUCAGUUCAGCACCGACCAAAGGGUCGACUUUUUUGGCACAUCGCUUCUUCGAUUCUGUCGACUGAUUCGCCUUGUACGCAUCGUCAAGGUGUUCCGCUUGAAGUUCAUGAGAGACCUGCGGCUCAUGGUGAAAGGCUUGAUUGCCGGGAUUAAAACCCUGAUCUUGGCUUUCACGCUGCUGUUCUCUGUCAUAUACGUGAUUUCCGGGUUUGCCACUAUGAUGCUUGGAGGCGCUGAAGCCAUCGAAAGACUGGAGCUGGAGCUGUACUUUCGGACGCUGCCAGAUUCCAUGUUUACAUGUUUCCGCUGCUUCACAGGUGAGUGUGUCGACGAGUACGGCAAGCCGUUGACCCACAUGCUGGCACAAGAAUUUGGACACAUCUUUGUUUUCAGCUAUGUUUUCAGCUACAUGCUGGUGGCGAUGGGAAUCUUCAAUGUGAUCUUGGCCGUUUACGUUGACAUUACGAUGAAGGCGGCCAAAGAGAAUGAGGCAGUUACAGCUGACCAGCAUGCACGCGAGUCUAUCCGCAUUGCUCGGACCACACGCGAACUGCUGAAGAAGUUCGCUGCUGCGUACCAUCUCUUUCAGGACAUUGAGGAGAGUGACAUGCAUAGCAUCGACAUCAGUCCCAAUGCGGCCCUUUUCACGGAUGACGAGAUCCAGGAAAACAUCGCCAUUACCAAGGAGCUCUUCCUCCUUGUCAUUCAGGACCGACAAGUUCAACUGCUGAUGGACGAUCUGGACCUCCCCCCGGAUCGAGCGAAUUUGUUCGAGGUGAUCGAUGCAGACGGGAGCGGGACGCUGCACAUAGCGGAGCUGGUCCACGGCCUGCUCAAAAUCCGUGGAGAGGUCACCAAGAGCGACACGGUCGCUGCUCUGCUUGCGACAAAGGCUGUGCAGGCGAUGCUCAGCGAGAUACACAAAGAGGUGGAAAGCACUCGCGAGAACCUUCGAUCCGAGAUGGGCAACCAUUUCCAUGACUUCAAGAAGAAGCUCCGAAAGAUUGUCCUUGCAGCCCCAAACAGCACUGCCGGCAUCCGACGUCCGGAGCCAACGAGGAAGCCUCGGCCUCUGCCAAUUGGUCACCUGCAAGUUCCGCGCAGACCGGACAUGAUUCCCGAAGUCUUGGACGCAGAUCCUCCCCCCUAG